GACGCGGCCAUUUUGGAAAGGAGCAGAAUAGAGUUUUGUUUGGGUGUCUUGAAGGGGUUCCCUUCGUUUCCCACUUAAUACAGGUUGGCUUCAAACUCUGAGGAGGUAUUUUACACUGCAGUUUUUUUUUUUAUAAGAGGCUGUGAGAAACCAGUGGUUUGAGUGAGGAAGAUGAUGGAAGAGAGUGGAAUAGAGACGACGCCACCUGCCACCCCCCCACCACCCUCUACUGCUGUUGUGGGUCCUGCUCCUCCAGCCCUGUCACUAGGCAUGUCCAGUUCUUUGACGCUCCCCAGCACAACUGGAAUCUCCUCCUAUCCACCCCAAGGAUUUUCUACACCCCCUGCCUCUGCCCCUCCCAUCAGGUCCUCUUUACCUCCCUCUUUUGGCCCAAUGACGUCAGCCUCUCCCCUUCCACCCCCUGGCACAGCCCCCUACAGUAGCCCUUUGGCUGCCUACCCCGCUGGCCCUGCCCCUCCCCUUAGCACCGCUCCUCCACCUGGGCCAGUGAUCUCUGCUCCUCCCCAGGCUCCGCCCACAUCAGGCUUCAGCAUGGGUGCCAGCUAUGACAUCACAAGAGGUCACGCUGGUCGCACCCCGCAGACGCCUUUAAUGCCUACCUUUUCCAGCCCACCAGUAGUAACAGGUGAAGCCUCGUUAUUGUUAUUUCUGUGUUGUAUAAAUACUGGAGAGUGUGUCGGUGUAGCUGGAAAUCCAAUGGUGAAAUCUGUUCUGGACAAAACGAAGCACUCUGUGGAGUCAAUGAUCACUACUCUGGAUCCCGGAAUGGCUCCAUAUAUAAAGUCCAGUGGGGAUCUUGACAUUGUUGUGACCUCCACUAAAGAAGUGAAAGUUGCAGCUGUGCGCGAUGCCUUUCAGGAGGUGUUUGGGCUGGCAGUAGUGACGGGGGAAGCCAGCCAGUCCAACAUUGCUCCCCAGCCUGUAGGCUAUGCAGCGGGGCUGAAAGGUGCCCAGGAACGGAUAGACAGUAUGCGUCGAGUGGGGAUGAUCCAUGAGAAGCAGCCUGUUGUCUCAGUAGAGAACUUUAUUGCAGAGCUAUUUCCUGACAAGUGGUUUGAUAUAGGCUGCUUAAUUCUAGAGGACCCUGGCCAUGGUAUUCACAUUGAGAGUUUUACGCAAGCCACUCCAGUGCCGUUGGAAUAUGUUCAGCAGGCUCAGUCCCUCACCCCUCCAGAUUAUAACCUGCGCUGGUCUGGUCUGCUGGUGACAGUGGGAGAGGUACUAGAGAGGAACUUGCCACACAUCAGCAGGACUGACUGGCACGUCAUGCUCACUGGAAUGUCCCGAAGACAAAUGAUCUACAGCGCAGCCAAAGCCUUAGCCGGCAUGUACAAACAGCAUCUUCCACCCAGGACCAUUUAGCAUUAAAGAAACAUUACUUUACCCAGUGGUUUCUGAAGGACUGUCAUUUUUCACACGUUCAGGAGGGAUGGGCUUGAGUUUUCCGAAAAGAAAAAUGAACAGGUUCAAAUCUUCAGUUGACAAAUGUAAUGUACAUAGUCUAAAAAUUAAUCAAAUACAAUUAUUGAAAUAUCAUGAAACUGAACAUCCCAACUGCUCACUUGUUCCCUUUUUAUAGAUUUUGAAUACCAAUAAAUCUUGACUUAAAUGCCGCCUUCCUUAAAAAAGCAGAACAAAAGAUAUCUUAUGAAAUGUUUUACUUCCCUUCUUAAUCAAAGUGGUUAAAAGAAUUUCAUGAAUAUACGUGUUUUCAAAGAUUCUAUGCUUUGCAGCACCUUGAAGUCGUAAUUUCCUGAAACCUAAUACGGUAAAUCCUGGAGAAAUUUGUUUGCCUAACCAGACAGCUGAAAUGUUUUAAUUAUCUCCAUCUUAUCCUGAAGUAGAUUGUACUUUCUAAAAGUUAAAAGACUUCGGCCAGUAUCUACAGUAUUUCAUGAUUAUUUGCUUUGAGAUUUGCUAAUGAACAAGAUAAUGUACCCCAUGUACAAGUGUGAUCAGCAAGAAACAAAAUGUUUUGAACAUAUUUAAUUGCAGUCUUUUUUUAAUUGCUGGUACACUGCUAGAACCAGGGGGAAUUUUUAAAUUAAAGAACCUAAUUCAUAUUAGAGAGAUAGAUUUGUCUUAUGUUAUUGUAUAAACCUUCAAACUGAAUUGGUUUAUUGAUGGCAUAGUGUAACAAAACAAACUGAAUCUUGUAACAGCUGUUUCUCUCCUCAGCAUUUGUUUUCAGGCCUAAGAAAGAUAUGUCUGUAAUACCUAAGAAUAUGGAUAUUGAAACAUCUGUUGAUUGCUUUCUGUAAUGCUUGGAUUUUGCUUCCUCAGUAAUACGUUGUUUAGUAUCGAUGGCCAUGGCCACACCUGUUUGCUCAUGAAUUUGUCUAUUGCAGUAAGCUCAGUUCACCCUAGGCAAGGGCUUUUAAGGGGGCCUGAGCUACUAGAAUUCUAUUCCUGAGGUUUUUCCAAGCAUCUCAGUCCUGUAAUCUCUCCAUUUUGCCAAAAAUGCCGCAUAAGUAGCAUUGAAUACAAUCGCAGAUUCAUUUGUGGUAACCCUUUAAUUUUUUUUUUACUUCACUCUUAAUAUUAUGUAUGUAAUAGUUUACAGUUUUUUUUUUACUUUAUAUUUUUUUAAACUUUGGAACUACAAUCAACCAGCUCAGAGUGACUACAGAACAAAAAAGGAAAUUGUUGUAAAUGACCUUUGAGUUUGAUUGUUAAUGUUAUUGGGGAAAAUGUUUACUGUUUGAACUACAGUACAUGUGCAUGACAAUUACAGUUCAGUUAAACUACUUAUUAUGUUUUCAACAGACACGCCCUGUCCUCUUCCCUUUUAUUUUAAUGGGUAUGUGACCUGAACUCUAGAACGAGUCAUUUUCAGGUUAAUUGUCAAGUUAGAUUGUAGUAAAUUAUUAUUCAUAUAGGCCAGCUAUAAAAUAUCUAUAAUGCCAAGCAUAUAUAUUCCAAUCUUGACUUAUCUUUACAGUUGUAAUUUCUCUUAUUGUGGUGAAGCAAUAAUAAAGGAAAAAGAAACUUUAGGAUAUAUAGUUAAUGGCAUUAUUUAAAAUUGAUUAUGUUGUUAAAAUUAUCAAAUGCACUUGUAAGAUCUCAUUUAGAUCAUUUACAAUUUUGGUCAUUGUGUUACAAAAAAGAUCUUACAGCUGUGAAUUUGAUCCAGAAGAGAGCAGGUUUAAAGGCUUGUCAGACACUGACAGACUAAAAGAAUGAACUGGAGAACACAAAUGAAAACAGGAUUGAAGUGCAUUUUAAACAGAGUAGGGGGCACUAUUUUAUGCAGUGCUGUGGAAAUCUGGGAUAUACUAUGCAAGAAAGCUGUCAAAGCUGAUUCCCUGGCUUGUUCUAGGACAAUGUUGAGUGAGGUUAUUGGAUCAGUUAGUUCACCACAAAACAGCUUGUAAGGCCCAAUGGCCUCUUUUGUUUGUAGCAUUUGUUACUGUGUCCUUUUGCCUUAAAAAAGCCAGGAUAUUUGCAAGAACUCAUUUACAGGAAUCAAAAACCUAAAUUAAGACUGAACCUUGAAAAUCUGUUUUUGAGAGAGCAUGUCGCAUCAAUUCGAAGUAUCUGUAAUACAAUUCGUAAAGGUAUUGUAAAAUAUCGAUUAAUUUCUCAUUCCCACACACUAAGCAACAGGUUAACUUAGAAUAAUGAAUCCAGGGAAGACAAAUUGAGGAUGUCUGUUUUCUGUGCAGCUGGAAACUUUUUUUAAGUUGCAGGACUCAAAGACCAUUUUGCUAAAUACUAUUAAAAUGGACAGAGACCUUUCUUCAUAUGCAUAUGUGUUUUGUUCUUUGUACAACUGAACAUUUUAAUUGGUGGUUUUACCCCCCUUCCAGUGUGCUUCCCUUAUGUGUUACUUUUUUCACUUAAGGCAAGUAAAACCUUUUCUUUGCUACCUUGUGUUUGCAUUUAUUGAAGGCUAACUCCCGGUGAUAUGAAAUUUCAUAUCUCGCCUAGAGCUGUUGAUAAAGAAUAUACAGUUACGGGUAUAUACAGUACACUGUCACUGUUCAUUUGGGAUACAAAUGUUGGUACAUGUAGUAAAUAAUAUUUUUAGAAUGUUUCUGAGUUAUAUUUAACAGAAAUGCAGAUCUUGGAAAAGGUAAAGUGGCCUUUGUGUCAUGUAAAGAAUAAUUUGUUUUGUUGACAUUUUCAUUUCAAUUUUCAUGCAGGGUUUUAUUUAGGAAUGUAGGAUAAAUUACCUGUUGAAGAUUUAACAAUUGGAAAGGAAAUGGCCUGGUGUUGUAUACAAUAGAUGGUACUUCAGACACUUCAUAUGCUAAUAACAAAUAAAAAGAGGAUAUAUCUGUGUUAUUCAGAAAUCUAAUUAGGCAACUUCUUCAAACUUCAUAAGGAAUCAUAAAGAAUAAGCAGCUGUUUUAUAAAGAAGUGUCUCUUGUUUUCACUCCAGACUCUUGUUCUCGAUUUCCAAACCCUCUAGUCCUUCUUUUCAGGUGUACAGUAAGUUAAGCUGUAAUAAUAAUGAGUUUACAUUAUUCUGUUCCAAGAGUUAGGAAAAACCCUUUAAUCAAUUUGUUUCCCUGAAAUAUUGUGUGCUACCAAGCUUCAGUUCUUUUAAUUCCUUAAGUUUACGACAUUUAGUAGCAGGAUUUCAUUGUAUGUAACUCAUGGAAUCCUGAAACAAAAUGUUAUGUGGGGUUAUUUUUAUAGUGAUUGGACAUUUUAGAGGGUACUGAGAACUAUAUUCUAUUCCUUUUUUCUAAUGGAUGCCAAUUUCCUUAUAUACUGUGAGAUACAGUAGCUGCAGUCUAGCAGUGUUUUAAAGGCAAGUGCACAGAUGCCGUAUAUACUUAACACAAAAAAGGUGUUUGCCAUUUAGGCUAUUACAUCUAUUGUUCUCUAGUCUUGGUUCAGUCGUUUAUAUUGAUCAAUUUGUUUUUCUUAAACAGCUGAAUUCUUUCUGUAACAUUGUUAGUGCUAAAUUAAAGUUUUAAAAUGAA